UAUCUCAUCGGAGAACUUCAUUAUUCCGUUUCCGGUCAAUCUCCUGGUCGCGGAUCCCGUCCAGUUACUCCUGGGGUAUUGUUAAUAACCACUAAGGAUGGCAGAUAAGGAGGAGGGAGAGGUAAAUAAAUCAGAUGGGAAUAAAUGGGAAGAGGAAAAUAUCUCUCGUGGGAAUGAGCUGGAAGAAGAAAAUAAAUCUUGUGGGAAUGAUUUGGAAGAGGGAAAUACCUCUCAUGGGAACGGGUGGGAAGUAGUUUCACUCACUGCAUCGGCAUAUGCUGCUGCUCCUGGUCCGAGAGAAGUUGAAUCAAAGGAUGAUAAAGAGCGUGAUACAUAUGGAGAGGAUGAAAUUUCACGUGCUUUGUUCAUGUCUGGCCACUUUGUCUUCCCACGUAGAGAGCAUGAGAAUCUGCCUAUGGAGUUUCUCAAACCUGAUAAAAGUGAGAUUCAGAAUGAAAAUGUUGGCAAGGAUGCAGCAUCUGAGUUUGGUGUGCAAGAAGGCAGUAGAUCUAGUGGAAAGGAUGGAGAGGAUUGGAAUUUGAAAGGGUUGAAUGUACCUGAUGAGUAUACAGGGAUGCAAUUGUAUGAUGAGAAGGGUAACAAACUUCCCAUUCACAGCACAGAAUUUGAGGAAGAUGCAACCCUGCAAGGAUUAAAUUUGACUGAUGAGGAACAGAGUUUAUACAGUGCAUAUGACAGUGAAGCAGAACUUGGUAAAUCAACCAUCUAUGGUGAGAAUACAGCCACUGCUGAAAUAACUGAAACUUCUGAGCAAGGUGUAGGUUCCCCUGCAGAUAUGCCUCAUUCCCCACAGACUGGACAGGAUGAUAAACAUUCUGGCUCUGUCCUCCCUUGUGAAGCCUGGUGGAAGCGAAGGAUGCUAUCCUUGUAUGCUCACGCAAAAGAGGCAAAUCAUUAUUGGUCCAUUUUCGUUGCAGCUGCUGUGAUGGGCCUUGUACUUCUUGGGCAGCAGUGGCAGCAAGAGCGGUGGCAAGCAUUGCAUCUUAAGUGGCAGCAGAGUAUACGGAAUGAGUGUGUUAAUGGAUUGGAUAUCCAAAAUAUUUUCAUUAUUGCUUAUCACUUGAAGCUAAAAAAUAAAGACUUUAUAGCUUGCUUGUUGGCUUGGAAACUUCUGAAUAAUGGGAUCAGUGCAGAUCUGGACCUGUUCAUUGUCUUGCAUGCAUGUUAGUACAUUGAUGCUAUGGCUAUGGUGUUUUCAUCUAUCUCCCCAAAGUAUCUUGAUGAUAUGAUCUGAAUUCAACGGUCAAAGAGUUUAAUACACUCAUUUUAAAAUUGGAAAUUUGCAGACUGGUUGUGCAAUAUAUACCUUGAAGAAACUGGUUGUGCAUGUUUUGGAGGACUGCAUGGUAUAUAACUCAGUGAAUCUUCUAUAUUUCACUCUCACCUCAUAGUCCAUACUGAUAUUGACUUUUAUCUUGUUGGUUAGUGCUUAAUGUGGUUCAGGGAUUAUGUGUGUUGGCUAUUGACCAUUGAAGUAUAUGUUUAGCCAAUGAACUUUCUCUUCUCUUGGCUCAAGUGCUGCUCCUCAGUUCUUUCAUAUGUUGCUGUCUCUACUGAUUCCAUUUUUGUUUCUGUUCUUUGACAGCAUGGUCGUAUGUUGGGUCCCAUAUCCCGACUUAAAGAUGUGAUUGUCGGUGGCCACCGCCGUGGUUCGUUUGUGAGAGGCAGUGCCUCCAGUGAUUGUUAAGAUGACGACGACGAAGACGUAAAAGUAGAGAGAUAGAGAUUUUGGGUGUUAAUAUAACCUUGGGUGGUUGGUGUGGUUUACUUAUUUGCUUUUGUGCUUAAAGCUACAUAGCUACAUUUUAAGAGUUUUAUGUGGUUUGUGUUUCUAAUUACUCCUGCCAUGGAUGCAACUCUUUAGUGCCAACUGCCAGCCCACUUCUGCACUGAUUUCACAUGGAGAGUUUAAUUUACUCAAUCGUCAACUUUCAAUUGGGUGGUAAUCCUCACGCAGACAUCGGAUGCCACAUUACAAAUAUAAUGAAAUCAACUGAAUUUU